AUGAAUGACGCCGACGAUGCGCGGGAGGAGUGGAGGAUUGGAGCUGCAAUGCGUCGCGCAGAAAUAGUCCCGGCGAUGCGUGAAUGGGGAUUAAAAGCUGUAGGGAAGCGUGGAGGGCAUUCGAGGGGGGAUGAUCGUGGAGUUGUUAAGAUCGACGUGACAGCGUGGGUUCGGGUUCGGGCGGGGCGCAAGGAGACGCCUCAAAAGCCGUGA